AUGCUCGGCGUCUCCACCGUCCUCAUCACCGCCCUUAUUCUCGUCUCCAGAGUCGCCACGUUUCGCGAUCAGUCGGUUGCGAUCAAAGGUUUGUAGUGACAUCAAUUUGAAAUACAAAAUAACCCCCUCACAAUAAUCCUACUUUCAAGGCACUCUGAUGUGUGGCUCCGAACCGGCUGCAAACGUUCGCAUAAAACUGUGGGAUGAAGACUCGGGACCGGAUCCGGACGACUUGCUGGACCAAGGGUACACAUCAGCCAACGGCAGCUUUUCGCUCUCCGGAUGGACUACAGAAACUACCCCGAUCGAUCCUGUCUUCAAAAUCUAUCACGAUUGCAACGACGAGAAAUUGGUAGGUCGACUAUAGUGAACCCACAAAAGUUUGCAAUAUUAUUCGAUUUGUUAUGUUUACAGCCGACACAUCGGAAAAUAAAGUUCACAAUCCCCGACAAAUACAUAACCGCCGGUCGCGUGAGUCUCCUCUCUUCAUCCCUCCAAUUACGCGUAUUUCAAUUUUCCAUUUUCCAAUUUCCAGUUUCCCAACGUGACCAUGGACGCGGGAACUAUCCAACUCGAGUUCGAAUACAUGAAAGAGGAACGUGUACUUUUCAUCGACUAA